AUGAAGAAGGAAAACAGGGGAUAUGGAGACGGACAAGAAUCUGACCGCACGACUCCGCGAUCACGCGAGUUUGCAGAAUGGAAGCAAGAGAUUCUAAUGAAAUUAGAACACGAAAUCGAAUUAUUAGAACGAGAAUCAGAAGGGAGACAAGGAGAAACAGGGGAGUUUGAGAAUCCGAUGUCAUCGGAAUUGAUUCUUCAAGAAACAGGGGAAUCCAAGAAGAAAGACGAAGAACAUGAAAAAGAUAAUGCAAAGAAAACAGAGGACGAUGAUAAAGGAAAAGAAGAUAAAGAGAACAGAGAGAAGGAACGUGAAUGGGAAUGGUUGAAAGAGAAAGAGAACCGAGAGAAGGAGAGAGGGACGAAAGAAGAUUACAAGGAAGAUCACGGAAAAGAAAAGGAUGAUGAAGAUGCAAAGGAAACAUGGAAUGAUCAUAAAGAAGAAGAGGAAGAGAACACAGGGGAUAACCGGUCACCGACACCGGUUAUGAAAAAAAAAAUAGACAAGAAUCAUAAUGGAUUGUUCUUCAAAGAUGAUACGAAAAUUCAUGAUACAAAGAAAAGGCAAAUUGAAAAUGAAUCUUUGAUCAAAAGAAGGAAAUCGGCAGCCUCUGUUUUUGAUAGAAAUGAAACAGUGAAACAAGAAAAAGGAAUGAAAAGAACAGUGGCACUUAUUCGACAAGCAAAGAAAAGAUAUUGCGACAGAAACAGGACUUUUAGCGACGGAUGA